AUGACGGUGCCGUUCAAAAUACCAAUUUCCGAUUUAGAUUAUUGUCUAGAGCAAUUAUUAGAUCAUAAACCACCGAAAAUCCUUCCUCCAGAGACCAUUCAACAAUUAUGUCAUACUUUAAAAACAGAAUUAUUACAGACUCCAAAUAUAAUAUCGCUACAAUCACCAAUAUCGGUAGUUGGUGAUAUUCAUGGACAAUAUCAUGAUUUAUUAGAAAUAUUCCAAAUUGGAGGAUCACCGCCUCAAACUAAUUAUUUAUUCUUGGGUGAUUACGUUGAUCGUGGUUAUUAUUCAGUGGAAACUAUAUCAUUGUUAUUAGUUUUAAAAUUGAGAUAUCCAGAAAGAGUGUUUUUAAUACGAGGUAAUCAUGAAUCAAGAACAAUCACUACUAAUUAUGGAUUUUAUACCGAAGUCUUAAACAAAUAUCAAGGGUCAGCCGAUGUAUGGACAUUCAUUACUGAUUUGUUUGAUUAUUUACCAUUAGGGGCUACUAUAGAUGGCAAGAUAUUUGCAUGUCACGGUGGGUUAUCCCCCAGUUGUCAACAAUUGGAUCAAAUACGAGCAGUCGAUAGAUUUAGAGAAAUCCCUCACGAUGGGAUUAUGGCAGAUUUAGUGUGGAGUGAUCCUGACGUUGCCAUACUGGAUUUUAAAUUGAGUCCUCGUGGUGCUGGUUAUUUAUUUGGUAAUGAUGUCAUUGAUAAGUUCUGUCAGGAUAAUAAUUUGGUGCAAAUGAUUAGAGCUCAUCAAUUGUGUAAUGAAGGGUAUACGAGUUAUUGGAAGGGGAAAUGUUUAACUGUUUGGAGUGCACCAAACUACUGCUAUCGGUGUGGUAAUAAAGCGAGUGUUUUAGAAAUCCUACACUCAAACUAUGAUAGUAAAGAUCCUACAAAUGGUUCUGAUGGCGAAAUCAGUAGUAUUAAUGGUGAAUUCAUAGGGGUGAAUACCUCUUUUGAACUGUUCGGUGAUGAUGAUGAUGAUUAUAACGACUACAGAAAUCGAUUUAAUAAUAGUUCCCGGUUACACAAACAACAAGGAGUGCUACCGGGACAAUUUUUCAAUGUUUUUGAAGCAUCUAAAGAAAAUGAUGAAGAUACUUUGCAAGGUAAAAGUGUUAAUGGUAUUAAUUUUGAUGAUGAAUUGUCAACGUCUGAUGAUACUAGUGGUAGUGGUGGUAAUAAUAAUAAGGGGGACUUCUUUGCCGCUUUCUUCCAAGAACGACCUAAACGUCAACAAGUUGAGUAUUUCUUGUAA